AUGGUUAUGUUAAAGACCAUCCGAAAAAGUAAGUCUUUUUCUUCUCAGAAAACAGAAUUUGAUAAUGAAUGGACAUUCAGUGAAUCAGAAAGGAUAAAAACAGAUCCUACUAAUUGUUAUAAAAAUCAUAAUCAGGCUCAAAGAAGCAAUUCAUAUUCUCCUGGAAGAAGUUCUCACUGUUUUCAUAAAAACAAUAAUCAUGUUGGUAAAGAAUAUCCUAGUUCUCAUAAAAGUAAUUCUAGGAAAGACAAGGAAUCAAAAAGUGUGAGAAGUCAAAGUCAUCAAGUUCAUGUAAAUUCUUUUAGUUCAGCUGGAAGAAAGCCUUCCUCUUCACAGGAAAGCAAAUAUUCUGAAAAAAAGAUAUUUAAUAAACAAAUUAAUGAAUUUGAAAGGAAAGAAACAGAUUCUGACUAUCAUUGUUAUAAAAAUUUUGAUGAAGGUGAUAAUGUGCAGAUAAAUGAGUUUUCUAUAGAAAAAGCAAUUGUUAGGAAUGACAGUGAUUUGAAAGUGAUGAGGAAUCAAAGUGCUCCUAAUAAAGGCAAAAACCGAGAAUUAAAUUCAGAUGACAGUACUAUCGUUUUAAAGAAUGAUUUUCGAACUGCUCGGACUAUAAUAUUUAAUAAUGACCAGCUACAAGUUUCUGUAUGCAAUAAUAAAAGUGAACACUGCAGUACAUUUAAUUCAGUCCCUUCAAUUUCACCUUCCUUAAGUUUGAAUAGUAACAAAAGCUCAAAGUGUACUUAUUCAUCAAUAUUGCCAGAGCAUGAAGAGCACAAAAAAGAAAUACUAGCUAUAGAUAUAAAUUCUAGUAGUUAUAAUAGUUUGUGCCCAGAAUUGCCUGACACAAAUUGUAUUGAUUCAUUAGAUUGUUUUGAAAUAGAUAAAAAAACUUGUAAUUUGGAGAUGCCUUAUAUUCCUCCACCUCUUCUUCCCAAGCCUUCAAAUGACUCCUUGAAUUUACUUCCAUCUGUUUUAUCUGAAAACUCAGAGAAGGAAUCUUUGUUAGAAAAAGAGCAAGAGAAUUUUAAAGAUGUAUCAGAAAAUGAUGAAGGAUUUAGUUCUGUUUCUGGAUUUAACCAAAUAGAAACUAUAACUGGUUAUUUAAAGAAAAUUGAAAAAGAUAGGGUGGUUUCUGUUAAGAUUGCAGGAAAGGUUGUGGAAGACUUGAAGACAGUGAUCAAAAGAAAUUUUUCUGGAAACUGUAUCGUUUUGUACGGAUCAUACUGUUCUGAUCUUGCUGUUAGUACAUCUAAUUUAAAUCUUGCUUUGGCAACAGAUUCUAUUGUAAAAAAUUCAUUUUUGCUUGAAAUUCAAAAGUGCCUCUCUAAAGAGCUAAAAAAAUAUUGUGUAUUGCCUUUUGAAGAGGAAGUGUCUGUGAAAAAGUCAAAGAUUUGUAUUAUAGAACCAUACACUGGUGUUAUAGGUGAAAUCAUGUACUUAGGAAGAAGUGGAGAAAAUGCUCGUAAAAUUGCAUUCUUAUUGAAAGCAGUAUGUUCCUUAGACCACAGAAUAAAGACAAUGCUUAUCGCUACAAGAAUUUGGGCCGAGGUAUGUGUAAUUCAUGAAGCUGAAGAUGGAAAACUUCCUCCUGUAGCAUUUAAUUUGUUGGUAGUACACUUUCUGCAACACCUCGAACAACCUAUUUUACCCAUUAUUGAUAUUUCUAUGAAAGGCUGGGGACUUGAAAGUUACCAAAAUUCAAAUACUGCUGCAGUUGGUGAGUUAUGGCUGGAAUUCCUAAAGUAUUACAGAACUUUUAAUUGGGAAGACAAUGUAGUAUCAGUUGUUCAUAAGCAGCCAGUUUUGAAAAGUUCAAAACCUUGGAAACCCUCUUGGAUAGCCAUUGAAGAUCCAUUUAGUGACAAGAAUGUUGCAGAUUCAGUUAUUAGUUUGGAUGUAGCUAAUUUCAUAAAAUCCUGCUUUACCAAAUUUUAUAAUUAUUUCUCACUACCUCCUGGUUUGGCAGAAAGCAAUUUUGAGAAUCCAGAAGGUCAUAUGAAGCAAGAAUGCAAAAAAAGACGAUACUCAUUUAGCUCAUGUGAACUACAAGAUAUUCCAAUGUGUGAAAGAUGUGAAGAAUUUGGGAUAACAUGUGAGGAUUGUUUAAUAUCACCCUCAAAAGUUGUACAAGAAUUACCAGAUCUGAGUUCUUCAUCAAUGGAAAAAGUAGAUCAGGUUUUACAAGAAAUUUGCAAAGAUUAUGUUCUUUCUCAGAAAAGAAUUGAGGCAAGAAAAGCGUUUGUUCAAGAUUUAGAAACUUAUGUACGAAAGAUAUAUCAAAGGGCUCGACUGACCCUUUUUGGAUCUUCUGUAAAUGGAUUUGGAUUUAAGAAAAGUGAUCUGGAUAUCUGUUUAACCUUUGAAGGCUGCAAGAAGGAGGAUAUCAAUAUUCAGCGAACCAUGCGUGUUCUUAAACACCACCUACGGAGGAAUGAAGACUUUGAAAAUGUACUUAUCUUGUCUAGAGCUCAAAUACCUAUAAUCAAAUUUAACUAUAUUCCUGGUAAUUUUAUCUGUGACAUCAGCUUUUACAAUAUUUUGGCUGUUCAUAACUCUACUCUCCUUCGAACAUAUAGCUUACUUGAUGAACGUUGCCAAAUUCUAGGAUGUGCUUUCAAAUACCUGGCUAAGAAAGCUUAUAUUGCUGAUACUGUUAUCAAAACACUCUCUUCUUAUUCAUAUAUAUUGAUGGUUAUUCAUUAUCUUCAACAAAUAGAACCUCCAGUAUUGCCUGUUUUGUCCAUCCAAGAUGAAAAGGUGUUUGAAGAAAAUUUAGUCAUACCCAGUGAAACUGCAAGGAAACACGAUUGGCUAUGUAAAGAUAUUCCAUCAUUGAAAAGUAUAUACAAUAAAGGAUCAAGAAAUGAAUUGACUGCUGGUCAGUUAUGGCUUGGACUUUUAAAGUUUUAUCUUGAAGUUAACAGUGAUUAUGUGAUAAGUAUUAAGCAAAAAGAAGCAGUACCUGUUUCAUCAUUGCCAAGAUCUGCUGCCUUGUAUAACAUUCAAGAUCCAUUCUUAGUGAAAAAUUUAGGCUGUAUUGUUUCUCAGAUGAAGGCUUCAGUUAUUUGGAAUACUUUGAAUAGAGCAAGAUCAUUAUUCGGGAAAGAAAUUUCUUGUUCUCGUAAAGAUUUAAAAGAUUAUUAUUUUUCAUCCAUGAAUUUAACUGGAAGAUAUGUUACUGAAGAGCAAUGUAAGCUGUGUGGAAAAUAUGGUCAUAGUAAAGCCAAGUGCCCUCAUAAUUUAAACAAUGAUUAUUAUUUUUCAUCCAUGAAUUUAACUGGAAGAUAUGUUACUGAAGAGCAAUGUAAGCUGUGUGGAAAAUAUGGUCAUAGUAAAGCCAAGUGCCCUCAUAAUUUAAACAAUGAUUAUAUUUUUCAUCCAUGAAUUUAACUGGAAGAUAUGUUACUGAAGAGCAAUGUAAGCUGUGUGGAAAAUAUGGUCAUAGUAAAGCCAAGUGCCCUCAUAAUUUAAACAAUGUAUGAAGUAUGCAGUUUAAAUCAUAUUCAUAGCAAUAUCACAUAAAUUAUUAUGAAAAAAAUGUUGAGUGGUAUUUUUAGGUGCUGGGGAAAACUGUAAGUAUGUACAUUUCUACAGCAUUUGAGUUUUUUAUAUUAACCAUCAUUGCUAUUAAUGUAUUUUAAAGUUCUACAAAGUAGUUUUUUCAUUGCGUGUUACGAAUAUCAGCCAUUGUGUAACCAUCUGUAUAUUCAUUUCGGGUUUUGUGUGUUUAACCCUUUGACAUGCGCGAUAUUAUUUUUAUAAUUUUUUUAACUAAAAACUCUAGAAAUAAAAUAUUAUGAUCCUAGAGACAAAUAAUAUAUGAAUUUAAAAAAAUCUACUCUUGCCCAUUGUUCUGUGGGUGGUGGUCGCACUGUGAAACCACCGCUCGUCUAGGACUUGAAACUUACCGAGGUAAGUAGGAAAAAAAAAAAAACUUACCUUUUUCCGUACGCGAUUCCAAUAAAUGACGAAAUUUACGAAUUUUUAAAAAAAUGCAUGUAGGAAUUGCAUAAUUUCAUAAUAUAUAUUUUU